AGAUGGAAAGCCAAGUAGUCGAAUGGUUCAAAUGAGAAGCUAUGGUCCAGAUGGGUAUCGAUUUUUUACGUAUAGCAAUAGCAGAAAAGGAAAGGAAUUGGCAGGGAACGAAUGUGCAUGUAUGCUGUUCUACUGGCCAGCAGUGCAUAGGCAAGUCAUAAUUGAAGGUGUGGCUCGAAAACUCCCUAGACAAAUUACAGAAGAAUUUUGGAAACGGAGACCAGACAAUCUCCAAGCUACCGUAUGUGCAACCGCUCAGAGUGAAGUGAUACCUAAUCGUCAAGUUCUGGAACGCAAGAAGGCAGAAAUUUUGAAGACGUACACAGCUGCAGGUGCACCGAUUCCUCUCCCACCGAACUGGUAAAA